UACUUAAGUAGUACUUUAAAGUAUUUUUACUUAAGUACUUUAAACCACUGGCCAAAAGUGGAUAGGCCACUGUGGAGUGGAUUUACAAAGUAUUUAAACACGUCACGUCAACACGUCAAUGGCAUGAGGCAGGGCAAAGUUUCAAGUCUAGGACAAAUGGAGCAGUGGAUAUGAAGGUUUAACCCCUCGAUCACACCUACAACAUCAUUCCAUUUUGGUACACCAGAAGUACCUUAAUUUCCGAUGGAAUGCCGUGUUUGCUUUGCAGCAGCAUUGCAUUGCAGAGGCGUUGACUGUGUGGUGCAUACCUUGGAUUUUUGUUGCACACAUGUCCAGAUGAUGAUGCUUACCAUUUUGCUCAAUGACAAUUUUGUGUGACUGCCUCUGCGAUGCAAUGCUGCAAGGCAAACACAGCGCUCCAUUGGAAAUGAAUGUACUUCUGGCGUACCAAAAUGCAAUGAUGCUGUAGGUGUGAUUGAGAUGUCCGCCGCUCCAGUUGUCCUAGAGACUUCAAACUUCGUAUGUAGGCGUCUUUCCUCAUGCUGAACAAAUUUGUCUCAAGCUCCCAUAAGGUCCAUCAGGAUAGAUUGUCAGACAUGCAUUUAGGUUAUGUACCCAGUAGGUCCCUCAGAUCCUCUGGUACUGGCCUUUCAACUAUCCUAAAGCCUAGGACCAAGAGGCAAGGAGAGGCAGCCUUUAGGUAUUAUGCCCCCAGCCUCUGGAAUAGCCUGCCAGAGAACCUGAGGGAGGCCGAAACUGUGGACAUAUCUAAAAGAGAUAUUAAAACACACCUUUUUAGAUGAGCUUUUCUUUAAAGUGCUUUUUAGUCAUUUUUAUUGUAAUUAUUUAGUUUUUUUAUCCUCUUAUGUUUGUUGUGUAGUAAAUAUUUGUAUUUGUUUUUUCCUGUGAAGGACAUUGGGUUGCAUUCCAUGUCUGAAAUGUGCUGUAUGAAUAAAGUUUGAUUUGAUUUCACACUGUAGGUGUGAUCAAGGCAUAGAUGAAGUGAGACUGCUUAUAACAGCACCACCUAUAGGCCAAUCAGUGCCAUUCUGUUUGGCCAAGUUACUCAUGGCAUCUUGUUUCUGUGUGUCAAAUUAGAUGUAUUUUUCUCACUAAUGUAUGCUUGACUUAUUUGACCAUGCUUCACUGUGAACCCCUAAUUAUUCUAUAACCACAGCUUGGGCACACACACAUAGUCUAUACCUUUAACAUUAUAUAUACACUGUGGAGCUCCAAGGACUCGGGGUUAUGGCAUCCAGAUUCCGCGUUCAGCUAGUCAACUAGCAGUGGUGGAAAAGUACCCAAUUGUCAUACUUGAGUAAAAGUAAACAUAUCGUAAUAGAAAAUGACUCAAGUAAAAGUGAAAGUCACCCAGUAAAAUACUACUUCAGUAAAGUCUAAAAGUAUUUGAUUUUAAAUAUACUUAAGUAUAAAAAGAAAAUGGAAUUAAGUAUCAAAAGUAAAAGUAUAAAUUAAAAGUAUACAUUUCAAAGUCCUUAUAUUAUGCAAACCAGAUGGCAAAAUGUUCUCCUUUUUAAAAAAUUGAUGGAUAACAUGGGGCAAACUCCAACACUCAGACAUACAGUAAUUUAAAAACAAAGAAUUUGUGUUUAGUGAGUCUGCCAGAUCAGAAGCAGUAGGGAUGACCAGGGAUUUUCUCUUGAUAAGUGUGUCAAUUGUACCAUUUCCCUGUCAAAAUGUAAUGAGUACUUUUGGGUGUAAGGGAAAAUGUGUGGAGUAAAAAGUACAUUCUUUUCUUUAGGAAUGUAGUGAAGUAAAAGUUGUCAAAAAUAUAAAUAGUAAUGUAAAGCACAGAUACCCGAAAAAAGGACUUAAGUAGUACUUUAAAGUAUUUUUACUUAUAUACUUUACACCACUGUUAACUAGUAUAACUUGUGAUUGACUCUACAAUGUGAAAAACAUUACAUGGAUGAUGGAAUACAACUGAAAGAGAUGGUUGUCUGAAAUGUUUACGUGAAAUUAACAAAUGUUAGAUCAGCUUUAAUAGGAUAUGAUGAAACAGAAUGUGACAUAAGGGGUUAUAAAUGGGAAUUUAGAUCAUUUUACAGCAUAUGACAUACAUUUUACCCACACAGUAUAUAAAAAUGUUCACUUCUGCAUUUGCAAAUAUCUGUAUCAGCAAAAAAUACACUUUUUAAGAGUAAUACUUUGUAGUUACUGUGUUUGUUUUUAUUCUGUUUGAGGUAUUGAUAUUGAGGUUCAAACCAGAGUUUCUGACACUGUUGACACAAUCAAGUCACGUGUGCCUAAAGUCUGUUUCAUUCAGAACUUUUUGUACUUUUGAUAAGAGAUUCUGGUACAAGCCAUGCACUGAAACCACGUUCUCGACACUCCUAAAUUCGUCAUACACUCAUGUAUUACACAUAUAGUCUCAUAUCUUUCCCUCCAAUUGAUUCUGUCUAUUAAAAAUAGUAAAUAAUUGACUUCAGCUCCCCAGGAGCAGGGAUGGAGAGUUGGAGACCACUUAUUUUAUACCUCAGUACAUUGCCCUCUACAUGUUAGUUCAUAGUAAAAGUUGCCAGUUCUGUUUUGCCCUAUUUAAUGGUCACUACAGAAAUAAUGUAUUUUUAAUGGGCAGGUUUGCAUGGGCAGGGCAGGUUCGCUCUCAGUCUGUUCUUUCUGAUAAGGUGUGUUUGUUAACCUUCUCACUCUACUACUUGACUCUGUAACAGUUCCAUAUUCCUGGUAUCCAUUCACCUCACUCCAUCGCUGCAAGACAAUGAAGGAUACACACACCCUGCUCAAUCUACUUCUGCUGUUUGUGUACCUUGCAGGAUCAGCUGUGACCACUGAUGGAGGGAAGGACAGUCCCAAUGGUCCCUUGGAACUAACCAUUUUGGGACCUGACUUUGUGACUGUGGGCGUGCCAUGCAGUUUUGACUGUUCCGCCCAGUGCUCUCCUUCCUGUAGCUACAGAAUGAGUAUCGACGGGCAGAUUGGGCAGGGGAACGAAGUGUUCUUCACAGCUCGCCAAUGGGAGGAGUCCCUAAACCUCACAUGCACUGCAAGGAAUGAUGACUCUGGGAGGUCCUCUACAGUAACAAAGAUACUGCAGGUUUUAGCUGGACCAAGCAAUGUAUUGAUCACAAGCCCUGACUUGAUGACCCCAGGGGCCCCACAAAGCUUCAAGUGUAACGCCGACUGUCGUCCCUCCUGCAACUACACUUGGGGGAUAAAGGGCCGAUGGCUCGGGGGGCAGGGGAACGAGAUUACCGUAACUCCCGAAGAGUUGGCCACCUCUGUUACCCUGAACUGCAAGGCCAUCAACAGUGUGUCUGGGCUCUAUGCCAUGGCCACCAGGACAAUACCUGUAACAUCUGGUCCAUCAGAGGUCCACGUCAUUGGUCAAGACUCUGUUGCAGUUGGCUUCAAGUCCAAGUUUCGGUGCACUGCCAAAUGCAUUCCUGCUUGUGACUACUGGUGGAUCGUUGAUGGUCACACUGUUUAUGGCAGUGAGAUGGAGAUGACGGUCGAGCGACAUGUGAAGUCAGAGAAGAUUAAGUGCUACGCUCAGAAUACGGUCUCAAUGAAUUUUGACUUGGCAACCAAGACCGUACGGGUGGGAGAUGAUGGAAAAUCCAUGGCCACACAGGCUAAACAGACUAUAGACCUGCUUCUGUUUGCCUUUACACUCUCACUCUACACUGUAAUAUCACCGUAAUCCAGGAGAGGGCCGUUUUGUACAAGGAAGUAAGCUGUUCUCCACACGCACAUCUGAAUCAUUUGAAAACAUGUCAGCAUUAUUACAAACAGUGCCUUCCAUAUCAGGAUGUUAAGAAUAUUUGCUGAUGAUAAGUGGAGUGGAAAGGCUUGGCUGAAUCUUUCAAUAUUAAAGCACUACGUGUGUGCAAGCAUCAUCACGUGUAUACCCUAUUUGGAAUAAAUAUUUAAUAAAGACAAAUUUACAUGAA